AUGCGGCUGCUGGCGCUGGCGGCGGCCGUGCUGCUGGCGCGGGCUCCGGCCCCGGAGGUGUGUGGGGCUCUUAAUGUCACUGUGUCCCCGGGGCCCGUGGUGAACUACCUGGAGGGUGAGAAUGCCACUCUGCUCUGCCACGUCUCCCAGAAGAGGCGGAAGGACAGCCUGCUGGCCGUGCGCUGGUUCUUCGCGCGCUCCGACUCCCCGGAGGCCCUGAUGGUGAAGAUGACCAAGCUCCGGGCGGUGCAGUACUAUGGCAACUUCAGCCGCAGCACCACCCGCCAGAGGCUGCACCUGCUUGAGGAGAGGCAGGGGGUGCUCUACAGGCUCUCGGUCCUGACCCUCCGGCCAGCAGAUCAAGGGCAUUACGUCUGCAAAGUCCAGGAAAUCAGCAAGCACAGGAAUAAAUGGACGGCUUGGUCCAACGGCUCCUCGGCAACAGAAAUGAGAGUGAUUUCCCUCAAAGCUUCUGAAGAUUCAUCCUUUGAGAAAAAGAAAGAGACCUGGGCUUUUUUUGAAGAUCUCUAUGUGUACGCCGUCCUCGUGUGCUGCGUGGGGAUCCUCAGCGUCCUGCUCUUCACGCUGGUCAUCAUCUGCCAGUCUGUGUUUAGCAAGAGGAAGUCCCGAGUGAGACAUUAUUUGGUGAAAUGCCCUCAAAACAGCUCAGGAGAGACCGUCACCAGUGUGACCAGCUUGGCCCCACUGCAGCCCAAGAAGGGCAAGAGGCGGAAGGAGAAGGCUGACGUCCCUCCUGCCAUCCCUGCCAAAGCCCCUAUAGCUGCCACGUUCCAUAAACCCAAGCUGCUGAGACCACAGAGGAAAGUCACCUUGCCAAAGAUUGCAGAAGAGACUCUGACCUACGCUGAGCUGGAGCUGAUCAAGCCCCACCAGGUGGCCAAAGGCGUCCCCACCAGCACCGUCUACGCCCAGAUCCUCUUUGAGGAGAACAAGCUGUAACACGUGUCCUCUUCUGUGGUUCUAUUUAAUACCUGCCACUCAGUUAUUUAUGAAACCUUGGAAACAAAGUCCCUAUUUUUGUAUUUUCACUCGUGCCUUUGGUGUGGUGGGAAGGCCCUAUCCAACUGCAUUCCAGGUGCCUUUGAAGAGGUACGAGGCUGUUCUCCCCAAAAGAAAAGGGACCAUAGCCCUUGGACAAAUCUCCCAGGACAAGGUGUUCCUGGGGCUGAGCCCUGGGGCGUGAGGACUCUGAAUGUGAGAGCACCCGAGGAGAUUUUCUGCUGAGCCAGUCCCCUUCACAUUUUCCUCUUUUUU